UAUCAUGUCAAUUCUACAUUUGUCUCUUCUUUUGGGUGGGUUGCCUCGUGAAAACCUACCAUUCCGAACUAAAAAUAGUAUUUCUUCCGGUCUAUUGAAAUGCAAACAGGUGAAGAGAGGCCGUUGUAAGACUGAAGCUUUCAAUUUAAUUGAGUUUUAUCAACUUAAUCAAUUCUAUUAACAGAGCCUUAUCUCUUUAUAUUAGAUAUCAUUAGCUAGCUAUCAAAUUAAGCUUUGUCCUCUUAAAAGAAAAUUAUCAACUUUAUCUCUUGAUGAACCACACAACGUCACUGAAAAAAUAAAAGCAAGGACAGAACUCAGAAGCACCACGUCAUUAAUGCAUAUAUAUAUAUGUGUCCAAACAUCAAAAGCGAUGUCAUUUAUCCCAUCUUCGUUGAUUAAAAAAAUGUUGUCACAAGUUGUUAUUGUUUUGAUCUUCACCAACGUUGUUGCAUCACAAUCCAUCAUCAACACUCUACCUGGGUAUAAUGGAGAGCUACCGUUUACGCUUGAAACAGGAUAUAUUGGAGUAGGAGAGAUGGACGAGGUGCAGCUAUUCUACUACUUCAUUGAGUCUGAGAGAAGUCCAAAUCUUGAUCCUCUUGUGCUUUGGCUUACCGGAGGACCUGGCUGCUCUGCUUUAUCUGCCAUUUUCUACGAAAUUGGACCAAUAACUUUCAACUACUCAAACUUUAGUUGGGGUGCUCUACCAACAUUGGUGUUGAACCCUUACUCAUGGACCAAGGUCGCAAAUAUAAUAUUUUUAGAUGCACCUGUAGGCACUGGCUUUUCCUAUGCAACUACUUUGGAAGGAUAUGAAAUUGGUGAUCUCUCGUCAAUAGCACAAACCUAUGAAUUUCUAAGAAAGUGGCUUUUGGCUCACCCAAAGUUUGUCUUUCAUCCACUCUACAUUGCUGGUGAUUCUUAUUCAGGCAUUAUUGUUCCCAUGCUCGUUCAAGAUAUAACUAACGGUAUUGAAGUUGGAGACAAGCCACUCAAUAAUAUAAGGGGAUUUUUUCUAGGCAAUCCAUUGACCGAUGAAAACAUUGAUAUGAAUGCAAGAGUUAUAUUCGCUUACAGAAAGGCACUUUUAUCAGAUGAACUUUAUGAGUGCAAAUUAAAAUGUUCAAAGCUGCUCUUUUAUAUUUUCCAGUCCACAAAAAAGGAUUGCAAAGGAGAGUACUAUUUUCCUCCAGAUCCAAGCAAUGUAGCUUGUAUUGCUGAUCUCCAAGCUGUCAAUUAUUGCCUUGACAAAAUAUUUUUAUCGAACAUAUUGGAGCCCGAUUGUGUUACAUAUAUAUCUCCACAACAAAACAUAUCAACAUGGAAAAUUGCAAGCUCUCUUCUGGAAAAGAAUUUCAUUGAUGUCCCAGUUUCAACUAAGCAAUUUUCAGAACCAUGGUGUCGGGCUGACAACUACGUGCUCUCGUAUAUUUGGGCUAAUGUCAAAGAAGUACAAGCUGCUCUCCAUGUUCGAGAGGGGACCGUAAAGGAUUGGCAAAGAUGCAAUUCAAGCUUAAGAGAUACCUACUAUGUACAAGAAAUCAAAUCCACUGUUUUGUAUCAAAAAAACCUUACCAACAAUGGCUAUCGGGCUUUGAUAUACAGUGGUGAUACUGACUUGGGCAUACCAUAUGUUGGCACACAAGAAUGGAUAAACUCUCUAAAUUUGACCAUCGAGGAUGAGUGGCAGCCAUGGUUUGUCAGUGGUCAAGUUGCAGGUUAUGUAACUACGUAUUCGAAGAAUAAGUACAGUUUGACGUAUGCAACUGUCAAGGCAAGUAUAGCCCUUUGCUUUGGUCUACCUUCAUGGAUAGUGUUGAACUCUAGCAAAAGCUAAAAGCAAAAUUUUCAAUAUUUUCUUUUUUUUUUUUUAAUUUUUUUUCUUGAUCAGGGAGCAGGUCACACAGCUCCAGAAUAUAAACCUGAACAAUGCCUUGCAAUGAUUGAUAGGUGGCUUGCGGAUUAUCCAUUAUAGGAUAUAUAAAGUUCUACCUCAAAAUAAAAGGAAAACUUCUUCAUUAUUUUAAUUUCUUAGCUUUAAUUAUUCAUUGUUGUUAUGAAUUAUGAGCAGUGAGCUUAUUGAUUUGUAAUAA